UGUUAAUGCAGGAGAAAUAUUUCCAAUACACUGCCGUUGUUGCAGAGGGACUGCGAAAGGAGGUCGCAGUCUCCUUAUGUCGCUGCCUCCUCGACUUGAGGGACCAUUAAUGACAUCUAGGGAUUUUAAUUUUCUUUUUGGGGGGGAGUUUGCAAUCCGAAACCGACUGGCUUUGUCUCUGUUGUUGGGGAAUGAGCGACGAGAAAAGCCCGGGCAACUGCAAGAGAAACUCUGGGUGUUCCAGUAUUGAGCAAAUGCUGGCUGUGAACCCCGGGAAGACGCCGAUCAGUCUGCUGCAGGAGUAUGGAACGCGGAUAGGCAAGACCCCGGUGUAUGACCUGCUGAAGGCCGAGGGCCAGGCCCAUCAGCCCAACUUCACCUUCCGCGUCUCCGUGGGCGACAUCAGCUGCACCGGCCAAGGGCCCAGCAAGAAGGCCGCAAAGCACAAAGCCGCCGAGGCAGCCCUCAAGAUGCUUAAAGGGGGAAUAGGGGGAGUCGGAGGAGUCGAGAGUUUUGCUGGAGUCGACAUGUCUUUAGAUGGAGAAUGCAUCCCAGCAGAAAUGAAGUCAACCAGCUCUACUCAGCAAGUUGAGUGCAAUCCAGUAGGAGCGCUACAGGAGCUUGUGGUGCAGAAAGGCUGGCGUUUGCCUGAGUAUACGGUGACACAGGAGUCCGGGCCUGCCCAUCGUAAAGAGUUUACCAUGACCUGCCGCGUGGAGAGAUUUGUUGAAAUCGGCAGUGGUACAUCCAAGAAGCUUGCCAAGCGCAACGCAGCAGCAAAGAUGCUCUCCAGGAUCCAUGACGUGCCAGUAGAUCUGCGCAGCAGCCAUGAAGCCGAAGCAGAGGACGACACCUUCACUAUGCAGCACCGUCUGGAGGGAGGGAAGUGCAAGGGCUUCGGCUGCACCUGGGACUCGCUCCGCAACUCGGCCGGCGAGAAGAUCCUGCAGCUGCGCAGCCACCCGCUGGCCACCGCCAGCUCCACCGCCAACUUCUGCUCCCUGCUGCACGACCUGUCGGAGGAGCAGCGCUUCGACGUCAGCUACCUGGACCUGGAAGAGCGCAGUCUGAGUGGCCUCUGCCAGUGUCUGGUGGAGCUCUCCACCCAGCCCAUAACCGUGUGCCACGGCUUUGCCUCAAGCCUGGAUGCCGCCCGGGCAAGCGCUGCCCACAAUGCACUUCAAUACCUCAAAAUCAUGGCAGGUGGGAAAUGACCCUGUUCUGCUGACAAGACCUCACUCUCUUUUUCGUUUCCUUUUCUCUACCCCCCCUCCAUUCGAAGGGGCUGUUGUUAGAAAUGGUUAAGGUGACCAUCUCCAAAUCUUGUUUAUGUCCUCAGUUCUGUGAAGUGAGGGUUUUUGUGGGAUUCUGUGACUCCCAGUGCUGUUACUCCAUCUUUUCCCCCUGAUGCAAGAACUCAUUUGAGAGCCCCCCUGUGAAUUACAAAAUUUAAUGAUUCUCCUCCAUCUAGAUGUAGCAUAUAGUGUAGUUAAACUUUGAUAUAAUGUGGCAGUGCAUUAUAUUAAUUUUAAAGUCUAGUUGUACUUCCUAUUGAACUAUGUGCUGCACUAGCAAAUUUUAUUGCUAUUGAUAGUCCCAUCAUGUUCUUAUUGUUUAUCUUCCAAUCCCCCACUGAUUUUAACAAUUGAUGUUUAAAUUGUCUUAGCUUUUAGCCAUUAACAUUUUUCAGAAUUGUGCCCUUAAACAGCUGUGGCCUUUUUGACCAUGUCAUGAAAUAAUUAGCCAAUCUGAUCACUGGCACUUUUAGAAAUUUGACCUAUCCACUCUCUCUAGAUAACAAGAGUAAUUGAACAAACUGUUACAGUGUUCUUUUUUUAAAAGUUAUAACCAGAGUUGGUGACUGACAGACUGGCCCGGUUUUUAAUAAUUCUUAGACUUCAUAUUUCUGUCCUGUACCCAAAUUUAAAAUGAUGCUCCAAACACAAUGUGCUGAAACUACGCUUUUAUGAUCACCUCAGGAAGUUGCACAUAAUGUGCAUUUUCGGCUGCCAAAAAAAUCACUAGACAUCAACUCAACUACAAAGUGUCUGUUAUGUAACAAAUUAGUGUCAUUACUGGCAGAUACCUCAGUAGAAUCAAUGGGAUUAAAAACAGAAGGCUCCCUGCUGUGACUCUUUGCGAUAUUUUCUAAAUUGUUAUUACACUCACAAUUUUCUGGAAAUGGGCAAUAUAUUGAGAUAGACUGGGAAAUGGAGAAAUGAAUGCAUUCUCAAUUGUACAAAUAAUGUUUUGUUGGAUUUUAUUUACCGUAAUACAAUAUAGCAGUCAAACAUCUGUCUGCUUUACAACAUUUUCAAAAAAUAAAUUUAAUAAAGUCUUUUAAAUACA